ACUCGACUCCCGCCGCCGCAUCCAUGGAUCCCUCGACGGUCCCCGACGCCUCCACCGGAGCCGCAUCCAUGGACCCCUCGAUGGUUCCCGACGCCUCCACCGCAGCCGAGGUCGCCGCCACAUCAGCGGACCCUUCCCCGGCUUCCGACGCCUCCUCUUCCGCUGCCGCUGCCGGUGCCGCCGCCGAGGACCUCGCUGGGGCCGUGGCGGGGAUGACCCUGGACGAGCGGUUCGACCUGCUGAUGAGCAUCGGCGAGGAGUGCAUUCAGCCCGACGAGCUCAAGCGCCUUCUGCAGAACAAGCCCGUCCCCAUCUGCUACGACGGAUUCGAGCCCUCCGGCCGCAUGCACAUCGCCCAGGGUAUUGUGAAGACAAUUAACGUUAACAAGAUGAUCAGAGCGGGAUGCAAAGUGAAAAUCUGGAUAGCAGAUUGGUUUGCUCAGCUAAACAACAAAAUGGGUGGCGACCUUAAAAAAAUCCAGACAGUCGGACGCUACAUGAUCGAAAUAUGGAAAGCAGCUGGUAUGAAUCUCGAUGGUGUUGAAUUCUUAUGGUCUUCAGAAGAAAUCAACAGCCGUGCAAAUGAAUACUGGCCACUUGUAAUGGACAUUGCCAGGAAAAAUAAUGUCAAGAGAAUAACGAGAUGUUGUACGAUCAUGGGCCGUGCUGACAAUGAGGAAUUGACUGCUGCACAGAUCUUCUAUCCUUGCAUGCAGUGUGCUGAUAUAUUCUUCCUGAAGGCUGACAUAUGCCAGUUGGGCAUGGACCAGAGGAAGGUUAACAUGUUAGCAAGGGAGUACUGCGACGACAUUAAAAAGAAGCUCAAACCAAUUAUUCUGUCACAUCAUAUGCUCCCUGGGUUCAAAGAAGGUCAGGAGAAGAUGUCAAAGAGUGAUCCAUCAUCGGCUAUCUUUAUGGAAGAUGAUGAGGCUCAGGUAAAUGUAAAGAUAAAGCAAGCUUUCUGCCCGCCCAACAUUGUCGAGGGUAAUCCGUGCCUGGAGUACAUCAAGUACAUCGUUUUCCCUUGGUUUGAAAGGUUUGAGGUGGUUCGGAAGGAAAACAAUGGCGGUAACAAGACGUUUUUAAGCAUGGAUGAGCUCAUUGCUGAUUAUGCCAGUGGUGCUUUGCAUCCUGCUGACGUUAAGCCUGCUUUGGCCAAAGCGAUUAAUGAAAUAUUGAAGCCUGUUCGUGAUCACUUCAAUACCAGCAAUGAAGCCAAAGUUCUCCUCAACACUGUUAAGAAGUACAGAGUAAGCAGUUAAGAGCAAAGACCUUCCUGAUCACUACAUGGACAGAAAACCAACACUGGAAGCAUACACAUUUUUCAUGGGAAAUUUUAUUCGGCAAAAUUGUUGGCAUAUACUAAUACUUAUCCUCUCCGUAUUAUCUUGCUGGUGUACUCUUUGUGUGACAUUGUCGUGGGAGGUCACCUUCCUUUUAUAAGUUUAGACUCGUGGCCUGGCA